UGUCGGAGCUAUGGGGCUUCUACCAUAGGCUUUCAAUACUACGCAGACUCUCACAGGAGGAGCUUGCCCUUUAUCAUCCUUGAAGACUACGACCUCCUUUCUCAGUCGAAGAGCCUGAGUGCUACCCUCCAAGGCUCGCCAAUAUAUCUCCCAGAGACCACUAUCACCUCCAGGCACUCCAAGCCGUUUCUCACUCCAACGCCAUGUCCGCAGAAGCCCUCCCAAUAACCCCGGCGCGCUUUGCCCAAGCCCUAGACGACCUACCCAUCAGCUCGCUGUAUGGCAAGUACGCCGAGCUCACGAACCAAAUCCAACAUCUCGAAUCGAGCAACCAGCAGCUCGAGGACUUUGCCCGGGAGAACGACGACCGCGACUGCUACGAAGCGCUCCUGGAAAACAGACAGGUCAUGAAGCGCUUCCAAGAGCGCAUCGAGUUGAUCAAGAAGGAGGUGCAGGAGGUGCGCGGAUUGCCGUUCAGACCGCAGGGCGAGGAGGGUGUCGCGCAGGCCCCGACUACGAAUGGCAAUGCAGCAGGUUCGCAGAACGGCCAUGUAGCAGGUGGGGGGACGGCGGCGCAAGAGCAGAGGAAUAACAGCGGAGACGAGGAGGGUCUGUAUCUUUGAAAAGUUCAACUCAGAUCACCACGCAACACCACCCCCAGCGCGACAACAAUGCGAGGAUGGCACGUGCGGGACCUGUCCAGCCUGUGUAUUACACACAUGAGAUUACACACAACGAAGCAAGGGGAAUGACCUGAGACCUUUAGUCCCAAAUCAUAGGCAAUGAGAGCAUUCAGCCUCGCUCUUGACAGAGCUUGAUGCGAGGCCACACCUAUCUACUAGAUCAAGCAGUCUCCACUCGAUAGCAGACAGAACAUGCACUUGAAGAAGUGC